AUGGUCUCGAAGUUAGCUUUUUCUCUUCUUUUCUGUAGCUUAGCAGCUGAAAGAAUCAGUGUUUCAGGAACAGAAAAGAAGAAAUUUGAUCCAAAUGACUGUUAUGAACCAGGAACAAUAUUCGAAGAAAAUGAGAAAAAUUUGGGAUUUUGCCCAUGUAAAUAUGGAUAUUUUGGACCAGAAUGUUUCGAUAUUUUCGAUUGUGUUCUUGGAGAAUUAAGAAUUGAAAAUUGUACGAGAGAAAUUCAAAAUGAUUACGAUCUUCAAUGGAGAUGUGCUGCUUCGAAUGUGGAUAUUGUGAAGAUUUGUACUUGUCCAGAUGGAUUCAGAGGAGAAACUUGUGAAUAUAUAAUGGAAAACACAUUGUCUACAUACUGGAAGACAGUCAGUCAAUCCCAAAGAUACUUCGAAGUCAUUUACAAUAAAUCAGACUCUUUUCUGAAAAUAACUGGAUCAAAAGUGGGCCAAACUAUCAUUGAGUACCGUCGACUGAUAAUGUUCGUGAUAUUUGUUUUGAUUUUGGAAGUUGCAUGGAGGUACACGAAGAGACAAGAAGAACAAAAAGAGCAACUGGAAUUGGAUUGUCAAUUAGCAGAGAAAAAUAAGAAAGUUCAUUUGGAUAAUUUCAAAAACAGAAUUACUUAUUUUCCAUUGAAUAUUCACCCAAGAAGUCUGGAAGAAGCAGACGAAUUACCUGUCAAAAAGACGAUUGAAAUGGAUUCAAUCUCUCAAUUCUCUGAAAUUUCGGAGAUUUCCGAAGAUGUUGUGGUAGAAGAAAACACACCGAAAGUUUACAGACCGCAUCUUCACAUUUAA